UUUCGGUUCACGCUGUCAUGUUGGUUAUUAUGUAUAUAUAUAUAGGUCCAUUCGCGUCUGAUUUGAUUUGAACGUAACGGUCACUUCUCAGUACACAAGCACACAAGUGUCUUCAGUUGAAUCCAGCGAAGAAGAUUUUUUACAUAAACGGAAAUUUAAUUCAGUUAUUAAUAUUUAUUUUACGCUAAAUGACGAUGAGUGAUGAUACCGUUCGUGUAGCAGUACGCAUUCGUCCUUUAAUAGAGACAGAAAUUGAACGAGGCUGCCAGACAUGCCUAGAAGUUGUUCCUGAUGAACCUCAAAUAGUAAUUCGUAAUACAGAUAAAUCUUUUACAUUUAAUUAUGUUUUUCCCCCUGCUAUUGGUCAAGAAGAUUUUUAUAAUACUGCUGUUAAGGAUAUGGUAAAAAACAUUUUCGAGGGCUAUAACGUCACUAUAUUAGCCUAUGGUCAAACAGGUAGCGGUAAAACUCAUUCAAUGGGUACAAAUUAUAGUGGAGCAGAUAAUUCAGGUGUUAUUCCACAAGCAGUACACGAUAUCUUCGAUAUAGUUUCCUUAAAAGAAGAGUGGAAUUUUAAAAUUACAGUUUCUUUUAUGGAACUUUAUCAAGAGCAAUUAUAUGACUUAUUAGCUGAUAAACAACGAAGUCACUCUAUCGUGGAUAUCAGAGACGAUGGCAAAAAUAUAAAGGUUACCGGAGUUGUAGAAAACGAAGUCACAAAUGCCGCGGAAACAUUACAAUAUUUGACACAAGGAUCUUUAGGUCGCGCAACAGGGGCUACUGCAAUGAAUGCAAACAGUAGUCGGAGUCAUGCAAUAUUUACUUUAUGUGUCCAUCAACAAAAAAAAAGUAAUCCUGAUAUAGCAACAACAUCUAAGUUUCAUCUGGUGGAUUUAGCUGGCUCCGAACGGAGUAAAAAAACCCAGGCAACUGGAGAAAGAUUUAAGGAAGGGGUUAAUAUAAAUAAAGGUCUAUUAGCAUUAGGAAAUGUUAUAUCCCAAUUAGGAGAGGGUAGUACGACGUGUCACGUUAGUUAUCGCGAUAGCAAACUAACGAGAUUACUACAAGAUUCUCUUGGUGGUAACUCUAUGACACUUAUGAUAGCAUGUGUCAGUCCAGCAGAUUAUAAUUUGGAUGAAACUUUAAGCACAUUAAGAUACGCGGACAGAGCACGUAAAAUAAAGAAUAAACCUGUAGUAAAUCAAGAUCCAAAAGCUGCUGAAAUAAAUAGACUGAAUAAAUUAGUGCAAGAAUUGAAACUUGCUUUAGUAGGACAAGAAAUUAAGACUUCUAUUCCAAUUGAAUAUGAAGAACUUGAACUGAAAAAUCAGUCUUUGCAAGAAAAGAUAAGAAAUUUAAGAGAAAAAUUAAAUACAAGUUUAAUCGAAAUUGUAGUUAUGCACGAAAGAGCGGAGCUAGCUGAACAGGCUAGAGAAAAAAUUCAAUCCGUUAUGACGGAAAUAUUAAAAGAAUGUAAAGAGCUUCUGGAUGAUUUAAAUAAAAAUCCGGAUAAACAUAGUGAACAUUGUAUGAAACUACAAGCUCUUUAUUCAAAAAUUUUUGAUAUCCAAAAUGAUCAGCAGAAAAUAUCAGAAAAACUUAUGAAUCAUGAAAUAUCAAUUGCCAAUGCAAAAACGAUAAGUGAUGAAAAAGAUUCGGAACAGACGUCCAUAGAUGAGACAAACUACGAAACUCCAGAUACUUUAGAUGAUUUCGAUGCGAAAAACGAAAGAUAUACUCUGCUCCAAGUUAAAAGGAAUAACGAAGUACAAAAUAUAAAUAAAGAACUUGCUAUUAAAGAAACUCUCAUAUCUCAACUUUUAAAAGAUACUUCUUAUAUAAUUGACGAUUCUAAAGAAAGGCAAGAAAUGGAACAAGAAAUAAAAGCCUUGCAAACAGAAAGGGAAGAACUUUUGCAAGCUUUACAAAAUGUUCAUACAAGUAAAGUUAGCUCAAAACUGGCAGAAAGUCGGCGUAAAAAGGUACAAGAAUUAGAGAAAAAAAUGGCAGAAUUAAGAAAGAAGGUAGUAGAACAAGAUAAAAUAGUUAAAAUGAAAGAGAAACAAGAUCAACAGAUAAAAAAGUUACUGAGCGAAACACAGUUACUUAAACAAACGAGGGUAAAAUUAAUUAGACAGAUGCGUACUGAAUCCGAUAAGUUUACAAAAUGGAAACAAUCCAAAGAAAAAGAAUUGAACAGAUUAAAAGAUCAAAAUAGGAAACAAACAAAUGAAGUGACACGUUUGAAAAUGUGGCAUAAUAAACAAGAAACAGUUUUUAAGCGAAAAAUGGAAGAAGCUUUUGCAGCUAAUAAACGUCUAAAGGAAGCUCUUGAUUUGCAAAAAAGAGCAGCAAUGAGAAAAGAUAAAAUGAGCAAUAAUACUGAUAGAAUUAAAAACUGGCUGGUCCAAGAAAUAGAAAUAUUAGAAAGCACGGUUGCUGCAGAACAUUCUCUUGAAAAAUUAAUGGAAGAUAGAGCACAUUUAACAUCAAUAUUAAAUGAACUUCAAAACAGUAGCGAUACAGAUGAACAAAAAAUUUCUGAACUCGUAGAAUUUUUAAAUGUACGUAAUAUACAAAUUGCUGAUCUCCAGCAAAAAAUAGUUGAAUCAGAUCAAGAAAAUAGAGCAUAUCAAAGGCGGCAAAAAAUACAAACAAUGGAAGAUGGACACACUGCUUUUAAAUUAUUAUGUAAACAUAUUACAGAGGAGAAAAAGAGACAGUGUAUAAAAGAAUCCAAGUUGUUGGAGAAGAAUGCAUUGUUACAAGCACAAUUGGAUGAAUAUGAAACAAGGAAAAAAAACAGACGAUUAACACCAGAUAACUCAAAUGACACUACAGAAAGUGAUAAUCAGGAAGUGGCAAUCAUCAAAUUGCGAGAAGAAUUGGAAUACUAUAAAAAUCAAACUCAGCAACUGAAACGAGAUUUAAAUGAAAUUAAACCCGGAAACAAAAUAUCUAAACCAAAGAUCGACAAAAACGUAAAGAAAACUAAAGAAUCAGUUGAUUUAGACCUUCCAACAGAUGAUAGCAUUCUUGAAGAUGAUGAUCCCGUAAAUGAUCCAGAUUGGACUCGGACACCGCUUUAUAAUCGUAUACAAAAACUUAUGAAGACAACAAAAAAUUCUUCAACAGAACACACCGCAUUGAAACGAUCAUCAAACGGAGAUAUAAAAUGUGCUUGCAAAACAAAAUGUGCCUCGCAUCUUUGCUUAUGCCGUAAAAAUAAAAUUUCCUGUAAUAACUGCAGUUGCAAUCCAGAAUUGUGUCAAAAUAAAGAUGAUAAUAUAAAUCGUACAUUAUUCUUAGAUCAUAAAGAGGAUGAAACCAAGAAUACAAUAAAGAAACCGAGGCUAACUGGAGCCAAGUAGGCUAACUGAAGAAAUGUAACAUUAUUCAAAACGUGAUAGACAUAAUUCAUCUUGUACAUAGAACUUAUUUAUUGUUAACCGUGUAGGGAGAUAGACUUAAUGGCUUAAUAGUUUUAAAGAAACGAUUCGCGUUCGUUUACUCAGCUAUUUAUUAUUGCAAAGGCGAACAAAGUCUCGAACAUUGCCUUUAAAAGAAAUGUCUGUACCUUUUGACGUUCGCUGAGCGAUUGACUAAAAACUAUCGUACACGGUUCGAUAGAUCGAAUAAUUUUUAGAUUAUCGACAGUCGGUCCGCUGCGAACGUCAAUGACUGAGCCAAGUCCUCGAGAGAGGAUUCUAAAUACGUUUUACUUGUAUCUACUACAAUUGUAAAAACUUCUAUUACAAAAAAUAUAUACUAUUUUACCCUACA